AUGCUCGGCCUCGUGCGCCACUGGGGGACACAUGGAAUUUCCAAAGUGGCUCUCAAUCGGCUGUUGCGGCCCUUCACAGAGAGGAACCGCCUGAGAAACGGCACCCAAACCCGCCAAUUCGACGUGGCGACCUUCGCUGUUGCUGGGGCGGAGGCAAAUCCUGGUAAUUAUGCUGGGGAGCAAUCAGCACAGACCAUCCUGCCGCCUGCCUGUCUGUUACCCCACGCCGGUGUGUGGCUGGGUUCUACAUGGGGGGGAGGCGGCGCAGAACGCAUUUGUUUUGUCUCCGUUCCGGACGAAACUUUUCCUGUCUUUGAUUUUUUUUGGGCUGCAGAGGGGCACUGGCCUUUGGAAGAGGGGGAAGAAACUACAAAACUAACGACUGCACGGCAAACUAUACGGCUAUGUGGCUAUCACCAUGAAGAGGGCCCCGAUCUGGUGUCUCCCCAUGGGGGCCCCGACCCACGUGGUUCUCUGCAGUCUUCUGGUUAUUACGUAGGCACUUCUAAACGACUGCUGAGCUUAAAUGCGUGUCUUUCGGAUGCUCAGUGCUGGGGCCGAGGGCGGCGGUGCAUUGAUGGGCGCUGCUGGGGCUUCGCAGGCCCCAGGCGAACCGUAUUUGAAUGUGGGGUCGAGACCGUCUGUAACUUGGGGUCCAUAAACGGCCACUUCUAUGGAGAGGGAGGCAAAGGCAACAUGGGCCUCUUCCUGUUGCAGGUUAUUCGCGGGGCUCCCUGGGACUGUGGCCAGCUAAGGGCCCUUCCCCCACAACAGCACACAACCUGCGGGGAUUCCCAGGCCUGCGAACUGAUGCCAGCCGCUCACCAGGAACAGCACAGUAAUCAAGCAGCAGAGGAAAAUGGGGAAACUCUCUCUUUGGGGAAGGCCGUUAGGUGUACCUACACCCCAGGAAUAACCUCGCAGUCCAGCUGCACUGCCAGCCUGGGGCUUGUGCCCCCUGACCUACCCGUUGGUCUAUACGCUUUGUGCGGCUGCAGCAGCACCGACUUGCGCUCAAAGGGAAGGCCCUGCAGCUCCGUCAUCGACUUUUCAGUGCCCAUUGGGACGCUCAAGAUCACGGGUUUUGAGGCUCCUGUUGCUGUUUCUGUGGCUCCCCUUGAUGCUCGUGCUGGUUCUCCUGCUGCUGCUGAAUUCACUCAUGCUGCAGCAAAAGAAGCAUCUGCAGCAGCUGCUGAUGUUGAACCCGCAGGCACGGCGAAAGCUAUUGCCAAAAAUGGGGCAGCAGCAUCAGAAGACGUCGAGCCAAACCGAGUUACAGGAGCAGGCCAAUCAGACACUAUCGACGACACGGAGCCUCUGCAGGCUGUUCCUGCCUAUAGGGGGCAUUCGACGGGCUUCACGCGAGUUGCGUUGAGGCUGCCAAGGCAAGCUUCUUACCCUGUUACUGCUACUGAUGGCGUUACUGCUGCUGGAGCUGCUGCUGCUGGCGAUGAUGCAGGUGUUGUUGCCCCUGGUGCUGUUGCCUCUGCUCCUGGUGUUGGCUUGUGUCGCUGCGUCGUUCGCGUUCGCCCUGAGGAGAUGAGGGUGUUGCUGCUCCCCAAAUUCGUCAAUGUUGCACCAGCAGCAAAGGCAAAAGCAGCAGAAGACACACAGGCCACCCGACAAACAACAGCAUCAGCACCAGCUGUUGCAACAAAAGGUGUAAGGAGUUUUGGGGAGGUCCCUGAGGUGAUUGUGACGCUAUGCGGGUGCCGAAGAGGCUCUACUCCCCUUCAGUGCCUGGGGUCUACGCCAGUCGGUUUGCUGCAGCUGCGCGCUGAACCUGAGCUGCAGCGGCAACAGACAGUUUCAGAGACUCGACAGCCUGAGGCAGCUCAGCAGCAGCUGCAUCUUCAGCACGACCAGGAGCCGGAGCUGCACCCAGAGCGGCAGCCGGAGGAGCAGCCGAAGCAGCUGCAAGGCAAGCAGCAGGAAGAGCAGCAGGUGGCGAAGAAAGAUGACAAGGCUCCGCAACAGCCUGCGCAGAGGCAAGCGCAGCAGGAGGAGGCGGAGGGAGACUUUGUCUCUAAUGUGGAGCAGCGGCGUCUCCAGUUUAUAGAAGAGCGCGCAGCCAAUUUGCCAAAGGCAGAGGGAGAAGAGGACGGCGGGGACGGAGGGGAGUGUCGGCAGCACAGCGACUGCCUGAGGGGCUUGGGGCAGUGCGCAGGAGGCCGCUGCCACGGGUUUGUGCCUGACCUGAAGGGGCAGCGCCUCUUGCGGUGCGUGGAGGGAUACCACUGCGAUGCAGAGAAGGGCGACAUUCCUACAGUUGGCAACAAACAGAACUUCACAGUUAUCGCCAUCGGCCCCCAAGAAGAGUGCGGAACUGCAGUCAACCUCAAACCGGACAGUUCUAUAUUCAACAACGUAAACAAGUGGGUGUGCUCCUCUACGGUGUCUGGUUCCUGCGAGUUGCGCUUCGGAGUGGGGCGGCGCCUAAGCCGCGCGAACACCGUGGAGGGGGUGCGGCUGUGCGGUUGCCCGGGGCUGGAUCUGAACGGCGACGGGAGGCCUUGCAACCACAUGAGGGAUUUCCCUGUGCCUGUGGGCCGCGUCUCAGUGCAGGAGUGCAUAACCAAUGCUCACUGUGCAGACAGACAGCUCGCCUACUGCAUCAAAGACCACUGCGCUGGCUUCCUAGUCACUGCAGCUGCGGCCAGCCUCAACGCCUUUGCAUGCAUCCGCAACCAAGAAUGUACUUUAGAAAAUGUUGCAGCCCGCGGCGUCACAGAGGCCCUCAAAGUCAUUCCCAUCGCAGCACAUCUCAGAUGCGGUCCCGAAGCAGCACUCGACCCCAACUUCCUCCCUGAGUCCGCCAUGCCCUGCGUGGCAGAUGUCGACGGAGAUGGAAAGUGUGAUGUACACCUUGGCGUCAACCAUUUCUUAGGGACGCACCGGCUGUGCGGGUGCAGCGGGGACAACUGCGACGCCCCUGAGGACUUCGGCGUGGAGCUGGGGUUGUUAAAUUCUGUAGAAUGUGUCGUCCACAGCGACUGCCCCAUUCACGCUCUCUGCGCCAAAGGCGAGUGUGUGACAGACGCGCUGCCUCCUUCUCUGCUUGCCGCUGAUCCCGCUCCCAACUCCACCUCGAUACCACCGGUAAAGCACCUACAGCUGCACUUCAACGAAGACAUUCUUUUCGGGAGGCCCGGCUCUUCCAUCGUCGUCCAGUGCCUCGAACCCAGCAUAAAGUGGGUUAUUACGCUUCCAGAAGGCGCUACGGACCUCAGCGUCCUGCGUUACACCCCCCCGCUCUUCCCUCGGGCCCAUAGGCGCCCGCUGCAGCAGCCCCACCUUGCAGGUGCAGCAGCUGGAGCUGCAGGAGUAGGAGGGGCAGCGGAGAGGCAGGAAGAGAGUACGGGAACGAGCAAAUGGCUGCUGGAGAGACAAGGGCAGAUGCUGAUGGUGACGCCAGAUGAAGAGCUGACAUCGCUGCCUCAAGGGAACUACACCGUCAGUCUGGAGUUCGGUUUUGUCAUCGACCUCACAGGGAACCCCUGCGAAGGAGUGGGGCCACUUUCUUUUCGAAUCGCUAAAGAUGGGGGCUGUCCUCUGCUGUAUGUGACUGGGUUUGGCACGGAAAAUGGCAACUGUAACGGUCUCUACACCCCAAUCGACCCUGUCAACGGACAUGCUGCUUGGCGCGGGGGAGAGGGGAACGUCUUCUUCAUUUACUAUCGCCAGGAGACAGCUCAGGAGCCUGGCAACUGGGUAGUAGACACCGACCUCGACGAGAGUGCCUUCUUGGGGUUUGCAGACAUCGCACUGCUGCAGGGCCCGCCCCGCAGGUCCAGGGGGGAUGGACCCCCGCUGCCUCCCUCGGGCCUCUGGCACAAGUGGACUGGGAAGAAGAGAGAGGAGCAACCAUUUGCUGUCUUCCUCUGCAGGCAAACCCCUGACCACCUGCCUCCUUCCCUCGUUGCCGUCGGCCCGCCCUACUCUGAGGCACCUGCACCGCAAAAGAGCGACUCUGCAGACAGCGUGGCUCAGGGCCCCCACCUGCUGCAGCUCGACAGCGCGUCGGGGCUGCCAUCGGAGCCUCUUGUCCUCAUAUUCAACAAACCAGUCACCUACGGUCACUGGGCUUCCCUCCGCCUCACCCCGAGGGGGCAAAGGACGCCUGUCGCCGAGUGGCCUGCAGACCAAGAGGCCGGCUUGCGCGGCGGAUCUCUCAGGGUGCGACGCAUGCAGCCCCAAACACCAGGAGCUGCUGGAGGUAUUUCAAGCAGGACCUCCCCGGCCUCCACAGACAGCAGCAGCAGUAGCAACCACCUUGCAGGUAACCUCAAACCAGACGAAGAGGAACUGGGGGUGGCAGAGCUCGAUGUCGACGUCCCUCUGGAUGCGGGCCAAAUUUAUGAACUCACAGCCGACCUGGGGGCCUUCACAGACCUAUCCUACAACCCUUGGGGGCCUCUGGGCCCCCAAACUGUGCUCUUCGAGGCCGCUGCCACUCACUGCCUGCUCAAGGUCGGCGCAGAAGCAGCAGCAGCAGCAGCUGCAGCAGCAGAGCCGGACGGUCCCGAGGCUCAAGCAGCAGCAGCCAAUGAAACAGCCUACGAGCUGCAACUCGCGGGCAGCACGGCAGCUGGGGAGAUUCAAGGCCGUCAAGUGCCUGAAGGUACCCGUGCUGCUGUUCACUGCAGCGCAGGCCUCUCACUCCCUCUUGAUAUCAUGCUCGAAACAGGCAGCAGCAGUAAUGCUGGAGACCUACAGUGUGUCAGAGGCAAGUGGACGGGCGCCCUUUCCCCUUGCGUUCCCCGCUGCAGCCCUUACCCCCGCCUGGCUGACGCGUACGAUGUUGAGGAGACGCACGAAGCAGCCGAAGGCAUUUCGGGGGCUGCUGUAGUCGUCCGGUGUGCGGACACUGCAGCAGCGACAACAGCAACAACGGCAGGCAGCAACGGCGGGCAACACCAACAAACGCUGAGGUGUAUUGGCGGACGCUGGGAACCCCUGACACUCCACUGUGCAACGAUGUGUCCUCCUCUGGGGCCUUCGUUGGGACCCGCCUAUUUAGUGCGGCUGCCGCCAAGCAUUCAUGCAGACGAGGAAGAAGAGCAAGAAGAAGCUGCAGCAGACGCAGCAGCAGCAGAGGGAGAAGAACGACUCGUCGAGUGCGCCGAGCCACAGACUUCGUCCCGCGAGCAGCACGAGCAGGAGCAGCAGCCGCUGCUGCAGUUGCUGCGCUGCACCGAAGCUGGCUGGGAGCCGCCUGUUACCCUCAGCUGCAAACGCAGCUGCCGGCAGCCGCCGUUAACCCCAGAGGGAGCGGAGCUCCAAGGAGAGGGAAUGCACCACGGUAGCGUAUGGACAGCACAGUGCAAACAGGGCUACGGGGGCCCUAACGGGGUCUUUUCUAUGGACUUUACCUGCGAUGACGGCCAGUGGGUCCGCGACAGGUCUAUGGGGGGCGCAGCAGCGUUUGUUUGUAGUCCUUUGUGUCCUCCGCUGCUGCUCAACCCACGAGCCUACACAGUGACACCUGUUGCAGCAGUCUCCGCGGAAGCAGCAGGAGGAGGAGCAGAAGUAGCAGCAGCAGCAGCAGUCAGCGUUACUUGUGCACCCAAUAGCGUCCUCCUCGGAGGACCCGCAGAAGAAAUUCUGCGCUGUCGAGGGGGCAUGUGGGGGCUGCGGUCGAUUUCAUGCGCUGCGGGCUGCACUAACCCAUUAGAAGAGCUGGGCAGACACUACGCUCUUGUCCAGCAACAGCAACAGCAACGGCAGCUAUUCCAACACGGAGACACCGUGGAUAUUACAUGCAGUGAGGAGUUGCAACAACGCAGGCGACCAGCAGCAGCUGCUGCAAAAACGCGACAACCGCAUGCCAUAACCUGCGUAGAUGGACGGUGGGAGUCGAUGCCGUACAAUCACAGACAGCAGCAGCAGCAACACGAUGCUGAGAAGAAGGCAGCAGCCACCACAGUCGCUGGCAGCAGCAAUGGUGUGCUGCUGCGCUGCAGCGCCACCUGCAGCCUGCCUCCUCUGAUGUCACAUUUUUUGGUUGUCAGCCCGAGGAAGACGCGAAGACCCGGGGGCUUGUUAGCCUCUGUGUGGAACGAAAACGAGAGGCUAACGAUUAAGUGCUCCCCUCCAUUUCAGCCCACGUUGCCGUUGCCGUCUUCGCCGCCGCCGCAGCAGCGGCACCAGGAGCUGCUGCAACAGCAGUUGCAGCAGCUCCAGUGCGUGGACGGGGAGUGGAAGGGCCACCUGAAAGACGAUAUCUGCGUGCGGCCGUGCCCAGCAGGCCCAGGUGGCCUGCCCGAGGCCAGGUGGAGGGAGUGGGGGGUUCAGUGCGGGGAGGCUUGUAGCAGCAGCUGCGGCAGCUGUUAUAAUGGCAAGCAGGAAAAACACGAAGAGGGAGUUGACUGUGGGGGGCCAUUCUGUGAGCCAUGCAGCAGUUGCAGCCCUGUGCCUCUAAAGCAAUUCGUUCUGCAGCCAAAGCUGUACUCCACGUCGCUAAAGCAGCAGCAGCAGCAACAGCAGCAGCAGGUGGAGUUCCCUGUGGAAAUGACGCGACACGGUUCAACAAUCAAUAUCACAUGCAGCAGCAGUCAUUCACUGUCUUUAAGUGUCACUUGCAACAACGGUACAUGGACGACCGGGGCAGCUGCAGCAACUACAGCACUAGCUGCUGCAGCUGAAGAUGCGUCAAACAUAUCUGCCUUUGCUGUAGCAUGCGUACAGGCAGACCUCACGGCUUCGGCAGCAAGCAGCAGCAGCAGCAGCAUGACAGCAGCAGCAGCUCCCCGGGCCAUCAGCGCCGCUACGGCAGCAGCAGAACUUUUGGGAGACGAGGAUUUGCUGCUGUCGGGAGCAGCAGCACCAGCAUCAGCUCACGGGCAGAACCCUCCCCUGCAGUGGCGCGAGGAGGGCCUUCUCCGCUUCGGGCCGCCGUUGCUGCGUCUUCUCCAACCGGAAGGCACAACUGCUCAGCAGCAGCAGCAUCAGCGUUUGAGCCCGUGCAUGCGUGAACUCAUUGCGGGGGUGUCGCGGCUUCUUGUUGGGGAGUGUGGUGCUUUAGCCUUCGGGCAAUCCGCCUUUAAAGUCGCUUCGUUUUGCAAGGGGACAUGCAGCAGCAACUUCAGGAAGGAGUUGCAGGAGGCUACAGAAUGCAGCCGCAAAACUGCGGCUGCGACUGCGACUGCAGCGAGUGACGGCCCGAGUGCGGUGGCUGCCGCUGAUCAGCAUUUGCUGCAGCUCUUUACGGAGCUUCUGGAGGUCCUCUGCUCUGUGCAAGGUUCGCAGCAUUGCUUCAGCCUUGCCGGAGAAGCCUUUGCGCUUCUGCAGCGGCUGCAUCGGACACCGAAGCAGCAGCUACAGCAGCAGCUACAGCAACAGGUAUGUCCAGGCAGCAGCGGCAGCGCCUGUUUCAGCAGCAACAUUCGGUACAUCUCAGUGCUGUUGCAGCUUAGAGAAUACAUCGAUGUUGCUCUUCCGGGCACGCAGCCGCAGCAGCCGCAGCAGCCGCAGCAGCGGCCCUCUGCAGCAGGAACAGCAGCGAAGGGCUUAGACGACAGUUCGGUGGGUGUAGGGGUGCGAGGUCUGCUGACAGAUCUGCGGCGGCUGCCUGCAGUGCUGUCGCUGCUAUGCAGUGAAGCUGACGGGCGUAGCUGCGCCAUUCAAGUUUUUGCUAUUGCUGCAGCAGACCCAUUUUCUGCUUUACCCCAGCAAGCAGCAGCAGCAGAAUUUUGUAGCAGCGCCUCCGAAGCACCUUGCCUUUUAGAGGUGUACAGACUCGUCGGCAAGGAACUGCUGCGCCCACAUCCACAGCCCGAUACCCAGCAGCAGCAGCAGUGGCAGCAGCACCUGCUACAGCAGCAGGUGCAUCCACACGACUGGGCUCUGGGCACGGCAAUGGAGAGCAUUGGGAGGAACUUUUGUUUGCGCAGUGCAGAGGACAAGACGUGCGGGGCGCUGCUGGUGCCACAGGAAGCGACAGCAGCAGCAGCGGCAGCAGCAGCAGCAGGUCGUUUGCGCGAUUAUGAACCAGUAGCAGCAGCAGACUUGCCUUUCUGCCGCUGCCCGAUUGCAUUUGUGGGGGACGGCGAGUGCGACAACAUCUGCAACACUGCAGCCUGUGGCUUCGACAAAGGAGACUGCUUGGCUCAGCGGCAACCGCUGCUGCUGCCCAUCCUCGAGCUGCUGCAGCAGCAGCUGCCAGGACUUGAAGAAGGGCCGUGCUUUCCCUUCAGCCUCCACUUCCACUGCAGCCAACAUGAAUGCAGAGACGCAAUACACAAGCUGCAGAAACAGAACGGCUGCUGCGUCGGCCCGCAGCUGGAGUUGCUGCGGGACUUGCUUUACAUAGACCAGCAGCAGCAGCAGCAGCAGCGACAGCAGCUCGUGCUGCUACAGAAGCAGGCGCCGGAAGCCGUAACCCCACAGCUGUUGUUCUUCGUCCAAUCGCUUUGGGAGGAACUAGAGGGGGCCUCGGGACCCUUUGAAUUAUAUCGUUCUCUCGCCUUCAUAGAGGCAGAUUGCAAGGUCAUCCGAAUGCCAUUAGACCGAACCUGCUCUCGAGGCCUCAACCGCUCCGUCUUUGCAGUGGAUGCUAGGAUAGAAGGCCUAAACUACGAAGCCCUAGCCAGCAGCAGCAGCAGCAGCAGUAGCAGGAAUGAUGAAGGGGAGGAGUUGCUGCGCCAUGUGCUGCGCGAUGCAUUUGCCGCUGCUUUGGGGUUGCCAGCUGUGGACAGACUCCGGAAGGAUGAUACCUCCGGCCUGGCCGCUGUGCUGUCUCGUGAGCUGCAGCGGCAGCAAGCGGGUGCUGGUGCAGCAGAGAGUGCGGGUCUGCCACAACAGCAUCAGCAGAAAGUAUUGGAGCCUCUGCUACUGCAUCCUAUCCCGCUGCUCCUUCCUGCAGCUUCCUUUUCUUUAUCUCCCGUGUUUGUCCCUCCGUCAACUGUCUCCAUAAAGCCAGUUGCCUAUGCUUCACCUGGCAGCAGCGGCAGCAGCAGUAGGCGGCAGCAGCAGCACGACUUGCUGCGGCCUGAAAAGGGGACCUGGGGUCUGGGCCGUAUAGAAGCGCGUGAUGUCUCCUGCAGUACCAACGAGGGACUCAGCGCUCCUGAAAAUGUGUCUGUCUUCGAGGCCUACCGACUCCACUCCACUGCAGCCACCAACGAGCACGGAUCCGUCAUUACAGUGGAAUGCGGGAGAGGGUAUUCUGCGGUUGCGGGCUGGAGCCCUCAAGAGCUGAUUUGUCAGCAGGGUCGGUGGUCGCCUCUGUCAUCAGCUGCAUCUGGCAUCGCAGAAGCCUCAGGAGGAGCAGCAGAAGCAGGAGGCGCUGAUGCACGGGGAGGGGGGCAAGCUGGGGUGAUGGAUAUACUGUUGUGCAGGAAGCCAUGUGGCCCCUACGAAGCUGCUGACCCGUCGGUAUUGGGCCCGGCCUUUAUAGCGAGCGGGGUUGGGGAAGGGCACGGUGAUAGGCGAGUGGUGUACUGCGCUUCGGGGUUUGUGCCAGCAGCAACGGUUGCUGCUACGGCUGCCGGCGCAACUGCUGCUGCUGCUGCAGCGAAGACGGAAACCUUGGUCUGCAGCAAUGGUGUCUGGAGCCGCAGACAGUUGCAGUGCGUGAAAGACAUCGCAAGAAUGCUGGAGGCCAGCCCCUGCAGCGGUGCGCUGUCUCUGCUGCCUCCCUCCCUCAAGGUCGAUGGUGUCUCCACCACGCAUCAGCCAACGGAGAGCCGGGGACCCCCAGAGAAUCUGCCGCUCAGCCAAGAAGUUGCAGACGCCCUAGCCUCCACCUUUCAGCAAGCUGGCGUGUCGCUGCAGCUCUUCCGUGUCGGAUGUGCUCGUGGAUUUAUCUCCUCUGCAGUUCAGAGAAAAAAGCAACUCCAACAAUUGCAGACACAGCACCAGCCACAACAGCAGCUGCAACAGCAGCAACAACAGCACCCCUUCAUCUACGCUGCAUGCAAAGAUGGCAAGCUGCUCGACUUAGGCUCCAAGGAGCCCUUGCCGAUGGCUGCGUUCGCCUCAGGAGAAGCAGCAAAAGCCCUCGUGCAGCAACUCAAACUACGUCUAGACUCAGCGCCAGAAGCAAUCACAUCCACUUCGCAAACAGAAGAAGAAGCAGCACUACCACCUCCAGCAGCAGCAAUAGGAGCCGCAGGAACCGCAGGAGACCAUCAAGUGUUCCUCGAUGGAGACUACCCCGGGGAUGAACCAGGAGCAGGAGGGGCACUCAAGGCAGCAGCAGCAGGAGCAUCAGCAGGAAGAGGAGGAGCAUCACGAGCAAGCGUGAUCCGAAGUCUGGCUGAAGUCCCGCCUUUACUGCUAGGCGCCGCCCUCGAUUGCCAGCGAGAGCUGCGGCAGGAGCCCCCGAAGCCGCCCAAGCCCGUGAGCGACACACUCCUGGUUUUCAGCUGUUUGCUGCUGCUCUUCGUCUUUGUGGUGGCUCUCCUUGCCCUCUGGUGGGUGCGGGCAAGACGCCGCCAGCAAAAGGCUGCAAAGCUUCAGCAGCAGCAAGAGGGAGACGCAGCAGGGCCCACAACUAGCGACAUUGGCAGGGAUUUCCUCUCAGGCGCAGAACCAGACGGCCAGUCGCUUGCAGGCAGCAGCGCUGCAGCAGCCGCAGCUGCUGCUACAGCGGAUCCCUACAGGAAACCCCUCCCGCCGCAGCAACUGCUACAUCACAGCAACACAGCCACCGCUCCUCCUGCACUGUAUGCCACAGCUGCCUACGCGGGGACCUCGAUGCCAUACUUGCUAGAAGCAGCGCAGCAGCAGCAGCCGCCUCGGCCCGUCCACAUGUCAGCUGCAGCGCCUCCCGUCUUUCCCUCCGAAGCAGUAGCAGCAGCAGCAACAGCAGGGUCUGCCGACGAUAACUCCCUCGCCUUUUUUGCUCCCGUGUAUUACACGGGUCUCACAGGAGACCGAGGCCUGGUGACCCUCGAUGGAGACAGCAACAGUACUGCUGGUGCUGGAGCUGCUGCUGCAGAAGGUGAAUACCAACAAAUGUCCUACUCAAACAAGCAGCAGCAGCAGCAGCUGUUGCUACUGCAGCAACAACAGCGGCAGCAUAGGCACCAACGCACAGCAUCCGCAUCAUCACCAGAAGGGGGUCCUCAGGCGGCUGCAGCGGGCGUGGGGGGCUAUAUUGCUGCUGGUGCUGCUCCGCAGCAGCAAAUCGUUGCAGCUGAAGUGGCAGCUGCAACAGCAGCAGCCGGAUGGGGGCCUCAAGAGGGACGCUGCCUUAGAGUAUCCCAUUCGACACGGGAAAGCGCACAACAGCAGCACCAACAGCGGCAGCAGCAAAGGCAGCGGCAGCCUGCAAUUUCCCGCACAGGGAAUUCAUACGAUGAAGUUGGUCCGGCAGUGGUGGGAGAGAGCGGCACUUUGUCUGGAGGCACAUCUCUGAUUUCGGAAGAAGAUGAACUCUACCCAGAAGACUCAGCCAGCUGCAUGCUCAUGCCAGCUUGCCAGCGGCGAGAAGUAGCAGCAGCAGCAGCAGCCACUGCUGCUGCAAGUUCUGCGGCUCCCCGCUGCAGGCACAAGGCGGGAACCGUCCGGCAGCUAUCUGCUGCUCAGAGCUUCAACAGAGGCAGACACACUCACACUUCUCAGUUCCCAGGUGAAGGCCCCCACCGGUGA